UCGGGGGGCUAUGUGCAAACCGCGCCAGACGAAGAGGGGACAAGAAUCUCCUCCCUCUCCGGCGAGGCCCCGACCCCGCUCCCCACGGCGGCCGGAGACGAUGGCGAGGAAGGGCGUGUCGUACGUGACGGCGGCGCAGCUCGUGUCCAUGGUCCGCGACCCCCGCGUCGCCAUCAUCGACGUCAGGGACGAGGAGCGGAUCUGCGACGCGCACAUCGCCGGGUCGCACCACUACGCCAGCGACGGCUUCGCGGACCGGCUGCCGGAGAUCGCCGAGGCCACCAGGGCCAAGGAGACCCUCGUCUUCCACUGCGCCCUCAGCCAGGUGCGCGGUCCAUCUUGUGCAAGAAUGUUUCUGGACUAUUUAUCAGAGGCCAAGGAAGAGUCAGCGGUGAAGAGCAUCACGGUCCUCGAGCGUGGAUUCAACGGAUGGGAGCUUUCAGGGAGAGCUGUUUGCCGCUGCAAGGAUGCUCCUUGCAAGGGUGUAUGCUCUUGAAGUCUUCAGUGUAAACAAACAUGAUGCAUUUCUCAAUUGCAGAGGAUGCUGCUCCGCACGCUACCAAGACGAUCACUAUCUACAGGCUAGCCAUCCGUAGUUGAUUACUUCUAUAGCACAGAUUAAAAUGGCAUAUCUCAAUUGGAUGCACCAGCAACAACCCUAUGUGGAUCAAUCAAUCCAUACAUCCAUUGAAUAACAGGCGCUUCAUGGCAUGUAAACUAGAUACAAACCUUAUUGGCGAUUAUUGAGAAUGUUUUGCUUUCACAGAUGGGCAUCCGCAUCCUGUCUUUGAGCUGAAGUUC